UACUCCAGUCUCAGCGACCAAUAACUUGAUAUUCCUCGUACGUGUUUCGUGUAGAGAUUCGCUAAUUUCUGAUUAUGUGAGAAAGUAUAUAAAAAAGUGGAUUAGUUACAGUCAUAAGUAAACGGAACUAAGUGAACAAAGGGAUAAAAGUACCCUUGUGAAUUAUUAACUCGUGAGUGUGGUCUUCACGGCGUGUGAUAAUAAACUGAUAAUUAUAAGUCCUGGCGUCACUCCUCUCCACCUACGAUAACAGAAGGUAGAUGGAUAGAUCUGGAUUCAACAGUUUAACUAUUUCUUCCCUACAAUGAAUUAUCAUCAUCUCCUGUCUCCUACAUAAUGAACCAACUGUCUCCUACAUAGUGAACCAUCUGUCUCCUGCAUAGUGAACCAUCUGUCUCAUACAUAGUGAGCCAUCUCUCCUACAUAGUGAACCAUCUGUCUCCUACAAGGUGAACCAUCUUUCUCCAACAUAGUGACUGAACCUUCACCAUCAUCACAGGUUCAGGGUUCGUGGUUCGCCAUGUAUGAAAGAGAGAAGACCGUGUUGCUAAAGUCAUCAGCUUCACUUCUACCCAACAAUGUCUGUCGAGUCAGGAUGGGCGGCAAGAUGUGUGCUGGCGUGAUACACAAGGAGGAGUUGAACAUCGUGUGCCCGGCUGUCCCGGAAGCGGAGCCGCGCGUCGUCGCUGCCAAAGUGGCACCAUCAGCUACCGCGGGUGCUGUAAUACUGCAAGCGGCGUGGGUGGAGGUGCGAGAGCAGGUGUUUUUGGUGCUGGCCACCACCCAGGGCGCUCUCAUAUUCGACUGGGACGGCUCCGUAUUGCUCCACGCCCACCUCCUUCCUCUCACGCCCCUGGACACUCCCUUUACCUUCACCAAGGGCAUCGCUGCUCUUUACACAGGAUACAUAUGUGUUGGCGUCCACACAGGUGAGAUCCUGGUGAUCAGUGUAAACGAAGACGGGGACAUGGCCACAGUUGAGAAGGUGAGGUGGCACGCGCGGCCCAUCACUGCCUUGGCCACCCAUGGCCAGGUGUUGGUGAGCGCAGACGAUGCUGGUGACAUGACCAUCGCUCAGGAAGACGACGGCUUCACCAAGUUGUGCUCCAUCGAUUCUUAUGGGUCUGCCGUGACGUGCUUGACAACAUGGGGCGGACAGGUAUUGGCUGGUUACCUUUCCGGACACAUCAGGAUCUUCAACCUCCAGGACGGGUACAUAGUCGCUGAGGUGUGUGCCCACGUGAGAUCCAUUACGGGCUUGGAUGUGGCGCGGGAGACUGGGAUGUUGAUGACGGCCAGCGAAGACACCUUCGUCAGAGUGUGGCAGCUUAACCCAGACACCAACCUUCCUAUAGAGCACAAGUACAGUGUCAGUGAAGAGAACACUGCACUGUGUGGUGGGGUGUUCACAGAUGACCUUGGCUCUGGCUAUGUCGUCACAGGAUACGACCGUCGUGAACUCAUCUGCUACGCCAUGUAGCCUACUCAAAGCUAUGACGGAACGCAAGACCCAAUACCAACACGGAACACGCAACGCUUUACAAUGCUCUGUAACGUAAGAUACAUUUCUACUGAUCACCCAUAUUUUGUAGUGUAAAACAACAAGCUCCAUGGUUUUGUGAAACGCUGGUCUAGCAGUGGAGACGCCAAGCUAUAUACGAGUUACAUCAUUACUAGUUUUUACUAUUAUGACCCCAUCUGCUAUACGCUAUAUAAAGUCCCAUGCUGUUUAAUAUCAGCACGCUGUGUAAAGACAUCUGCUCUAUAAGGCAAUACGAAAUGGGCGAACUUUUGUUUACCCUACAAGUGUCAUUAUGAAGUGGUUUGGAACACUAAGCGCACUUUACUGUUCAUGUUGGAGUGGUUUUGUUUUGGAUACGAGCAUUAUUUCUUUAAUUUAAAGUGGUAGAACAAGAAAACCAAUUGGAAAAAUGUUGGGGUAAUCUAACCUACAACAUACUAGCCUAGAUUAACAUAAAUUAAAAUACCCUAAGCUUACAUAAACUGGCAUAGCCUAAUCUAUACCUAGUGUAAUACAAAAUACAGUAGUCUACCCUAUCCCAACCUAAUAUAAACUAGCCUAGCCUAUUAAAAACUAAACCUAACCCUAAUAUGAACAAGGCUGGCCUAACCAAACUUUACUUAUUCAUAUCCACCUCAACCUCUGAGCAUUUUAACCUUAAUUUGUCUGCCUUCUGCUCCUACACAGUACCGUAGGCAAGGCGAGCCAGUCACCAAGAUGCUGUAAUAAAAGUAUGUGAUAAACCCUUGAUUAUA